CGGAAGCGGAAGUAAGCUCUGUGGCGCGGCUUAGGCGGCCGAGGGCGGAGCGGACGCAUCUGCUGCGGGAGCUGCGCACAUCUAGACCCUCCGUCUUCGUUAUGGGUGUGAGAGGCUUGCAGGGGUUUGUGGGGAGCUCCUGCCCACACGUGUACACGGUGGUGAACCUCAGGGCGCUGGCGGAGCAUCACCGCAGCAGGCACCUGGGACAUACCCCCACCAUCGUGGUCGACGCCAUGUGCUGUCUCAGGUACUGGUACACGCCGGAGUCCUGGAUCUGUGGCGGCCAGUGGCGGGAAUACUUUUCCGCUUUGCGAGAUUUUGUGAGAGCGUUUGCGGCUGUUGGGAUCAAGCUGAUAUUCUUCUUUGAUGGCAUGGUGGAGCAGGGUAAGCGAGACGAGUGGGUGAGACGCAGACUCAAGAACAACAAGGAGAUCUCCAGGGUGUUCCGUUACAUCAAGUCGCACAAGGAACAGCCAGGCAGAAACAUGUUCUUCAUCCCCUCAGGCCUGGCCAUAUUCACCCGGUUCGCUCUGAAGGCCCUGGGUCAGGAGACUGUGUGCUCCUUGCAGGAGGCAGACUACGAAGUAGCUUCUUACGGCCUCCAGCAUGGCUGCCUUGGGAUUCUGGGGGAAGACACUGACUACCUAAUUUAUGACACUUGCCCUUACUUUUCAAUCAGUGAGCUCUGCUUGGAGAGCCUGGAAACUGUCAUGCUCUGCAGAGAGAGACUCUGUGAGAGUCUGGGUCUCAGCCUGGCGGACCUCCCUCUCCUCGCCUGCCUGCUUGGUAAUGACAUCAUCCCAGAGGGCAUGUUCGAAAGCUUCCGGUACAGGUGCUUAUCUUCCUACACUUCUGUGAGAGAGAACUUUGACAAAAAAGGUAACGUUAUCUUAGCUGUAUCAUACCACAUAUCUAAAGUUCUUCGCUUGCAUCGAGGUGAGAAAAAAUUAGAAGAGUUGCUGCCUCUGGGACCACACAGAGCUCUCUUUUACAGAGGAAUGGCAUCAUAUCUUUUGCCAGGACAGAAAUCGCCAUGGUUUUUCCAAAAAUCCAAAGGCAUAAUAAUUUCAGACAAGCAGGUAACAUCUGUAAGUUCAGACCCUGAGUCCAAGCCGCAGGCACCCAUGUGUACAGACCCUGAGUCCAAGCCAGAGGUGCCCAUGUGUGCAGACCCUGAGUCUGAGCCAGCAGCGCCCAUCUCUGUGGACCCUGAGUCUGAGCCAGGAAUGCCCAUGUCUACAGACCCUGAAUUGAAGCAAGAAGUUCCCAUCUGUACACACCCCGAAAUCGAGCGAAAAUUACCUAUAGCAACAGACCCCGAAUUUAAUCUAGAAGUACCCAUGUGGUCAAAUCCUGAAAUGAAACAAGAAGACCCCAUGAAUAUGGGGCCUGAAAUGAAGCAACAAGUAACCAUGGUUUCAGACCCUGAAAUCUUAAAGGUUGCUAGAACACGUCACGUGCAAGCAGAAAGCUACUUGGUGUACAACAUCCUGAGCAGCGGCGAGAUCGAGUGUAGCAACACCUUGGAGGACGAGCUCGACCAGGCUCUGCCCAGCCAGGCCUUCACCUACCGCCCCGUCCGGCAGCGUGUGUACUCGCUCUUACUGGGAGACCGCGCAGAUGAUGCCAGCCCCUGCCCAGGUGUUAAGGAGUGGUUCGUGUACCCCGGGAACCCACUGCGGCACCCCGACCUCGUCAGGCCUCUGCAGAUGACAGUCCCAGGGGGAACACCUAGUUUGAAAGUCCUGUGGCUGAGCCAGGAGCCAGGAGUGGAGGCGCGCCGACUGGACACGCUCCUGGCCUGCUUCAACCUCUCUUCCUCGCGGGAAGAGCUGCAGGCCGUCGAGAGCCCACUCCGAGCCCUGUGCUGCCUGCUCAUCUACCUCUUUGUGCAGGUGGACACCCUCUGCCUGGAGGAUCUGCACGCGUUCCUCGCGCAGGCCUUGUGUCUCCAAGGAAGGUCCACUGUGCAGCUUGUGAACCUACAGACAGAGAUGCACGUGGAGACACGGGUGGAGCAGCUGGAGACAUCGAUAAGAGAAGCAGGUGGAGUCGACCCUCUCCAGGCCGCCGUGCUGUGCCACCUGGGACUGGAGAGCCAGCUCGAAUACAUCGACUCCCGGGCUGUGCAGCUGGGCUCACUCUUCGUCCGCGGCCUCACCACCCUGGUCUUGGUUAACAGCGCGUGUGGCUCCCCCUGGAAGAUGAGUGAUUUCAUGCCGUGGAAUGUCUUUGAUGGGAAGCUCUUCCAUCAGAAGUACCUGCAAUCUGAGAAAGGGUGCUCUGUGGAGGUCCUUGUAGAACAGAACAGAUCUCGGCUCACCAAAUUCCACAAUCUGAAGGCCAUCGUGUGCAAGGCUUGCAUGAAGGAGAACCGGCGGAUCGUGGGCAGAGCCCACUGGGACUCCCACUACACAGGCAGGUGGGGAAGACAGGGCUCCGGCUCUCACAGGACAGGCUCUGGGUACAGCCGCUCGGGACAAGGUCAGCUGUGGAGAGACCAGGGGCCAGGAAGCAGGCAGCAUGAGCACGACCCGUGGAGGAGGUACUAGUCGUCUCAAGGAAGUCCAUCACCCACAUCGCCGGGGUACAAGUGGCACGACCAUCUGUCUACAACACACGCCGCUCUCAUUUGAGCGCCAACUCUGAACAGAGCCCAGGUAGCACUUGGAGACCGGGUUCUGAGUCACUUGGUUUCAAGAUAGGUUUGCUUCCUGCAGAAAAAGUGGGAAGGAAGAACCCCAGCCUCUCACGAGCAUCCUGGCAGCACCGUUCUUCAGAGCAGAGUCCAGAACAGCAUGGCCUGGUCUUAUCAGCUACAGGGGAAGACCUACAGGGCCAGGCCUUCCUGAAAACACACAGCAGAAAAUGCCUUUCAGUGGGACCGCUUUUACAUUUUGGAAAAUAACUUCGUUGGCUUAUUUCCAGAUACUGAGCCUGACUCCAGGGCUCAGAACGGUCACUAUUAACAUCUCUAUUUCAUCCCAGUCUUUCAUUCAUGGAUGUGCACAUCAUUUAUUUCUUCCAUUUGACACAUUGGAACUAUAUCCUCACCUGCUUUUUUUUUUUAACUUAACACAAUAGACUGCGAAGAUGUAUUCUCACAUUAUUUAAAAAUUCCCCAAAACAUGGUGGCUGAUAGUUUAUGUGGUAUUUCAGAAAUUGUUUUCUAGUUAGAAAUUCUAAUCAAAAGUGAAAUUUCCACCUAUUUCUUCUCUUGUCCCUUAGAAGUGUUUGAACGAAUUUCUCGCCUUCCUGGUAGGAAAGUUCAUUCUGCUUAGAGACAUCUGUCUAGGCAGCAUGGCGCAGCAUGGACCUGCUCGGCCAUGCUUCAGCUUGGUUUUCAUAGUACUGUGUGUGUAGACAGCCUGCACUCUGGGGACUCAGAGGGAGCCUGUGCUGAGCGCAUCUAAGAAGGCAGUAGUUGGACUCCCAGCAAGCUGCAAGUGCAUGGGACCUCUGUUGCACUCUGUCUGUAAUUUUUCACAUAACCCAAAAUUGACAUUUUAAGCCCCAGGUUAUACUGGCCCUACCUGUGAGGAGAAGGCUCAGGGGUUGGUAAUGAGAAGAUAGCAUCGAACCUUGACCUCACCCCUGCCUCCACUAGCAAGUGAGAGCUAGCGGGCUGCCACGUCAAGACCCUCAGGUUCCAGGUCUGUCAGGAAUUACCUACCAGGAGGCUCAGCUUCUAGUCAUUGCUUUCUUUUAAAAACAAAGUAAUCCCUAGGGGUCUCACAUACCACGUGUGUGUCUGCACUUGGUGAGUCACAAGCGCAACUCCAGGCACCAUCCACGUAAAAGCCCUGCUAGGACUUACCACAGAGGAGUGCAGUCUCUCCAGGUCAUUGGUAUGCGUUUGUGCUAGGUCUGAAGUGCCCUUGCCACUCCUUUCAGCUUCAUCUUUGGCUAUCUAAUCGUAUUCCCUUCAAGUCUUAUAGGACCUACAGCUUCAUUUCUUAGCUUUGGAAACAGAUUAUUUUUGGUUCCACUUGUGUUUCCUAUCUAAAUAUUAACUUCUUAUUUUUUCAUAUAUGCUAAUUUCUGCUAGAAGUUCUGAUUCUUUGUUGCCUAUUUGUAUAACUUUGAAAUAAGUCUCUUAUCCCUUAGACUAAGAGGAUAGACUUAAGUGGAAAUUGUUUUUUUCCUUCACAGAGGCUGAAUUCUAGUUUGUCAAUAAAAUAUUGGGUGAACCAUUGAA